AUGGAUUAUAUUCAACAUAUGAGCGUAAAAAAAGUGAUUCAUGAGAAUAAACUCAACUUUACGUUCUCUGAUUUUUUAAUUAAUCAAGAUAAAUACAAAAUUUACAACGAAAUAAACAAUAAAGCGGAUUAUUUUAGUUUAAAAUAUGCAUACACUAGGAAAAAAAUAGUUUACUUAAUUAUUAUUUACAUAAUAAAUAAAAAAAAUAGUGAAAUAAAAAAAUGUAAUAAUCUAAAAAGUAGGCAUAUAACAUUAUUAUUAUUAUUAUUAUAUGGAAUCAAUAAAAAUAAUAAAUUGAAAAUAAAUAUUAAUAGAGAAAAUGUAUUAAAAAAGAAUGAAAAUGAUUUUCAAUAUUUGAAAACAAAUGUAAAUUCUUUACUCAAGAAUGAUAAUAAUUUUUUAAAAAAUGGAAAAGAUGAAAAUUUCUUUUUUUCUAGAAAGAUUAAGUAUAUAAAAAUAAAAAAAAAAUUGCAUAAGAAACAGAAAAAAAAAUAUAUAAAUUUAAUAAAGAAAAGUUAUUCAUGUAAGGGAAAUGUUGCAGAUAAAUGUAAAAAUUUAAUGUUCUAUAUAAUAUCAAUAAUAAAAAAAAAAUAUAACAAAUAUUUAGUUAUUUUUUGGAAUAUUCAAAAUAUUAAUAAAUAUAUAAAGUCAAAUAAUGCAUGUAACUAUAAUUUAAAACAUUUUUUUUUAAAAAAAAAGUUUCAGGAAUUAUUACAAAUUAUUUUUUAUUAUUCAAAAAUAUAUUCAUAUAAAGAAAUAUAUUUUUAUUUGAAAUUUUUUAUAUUUAAUAAAGAUAUUGCUGGUAAAAAAUGUCUUCUAUAUAUUAACGAUUUUCAAUUCAAAAGAAAAAACAUAAUUAUCCUGGAUAAAAUUAAUAUAUUAUUAUUAAGAAAUGAUUUUAAGGAUUUUAUUUUAUCAAAUUGUAAGUACAUGAACAUUAAAAAAUCAAUGAGUUAUUCAAACUUAAUUUAUUAUAUUAUUGAAGAGGAAUUUUUUUUUAAAUUAAGAUUUAAUAAACCUUUACAUAUAUGUUCAGAAUAUUUUAAAAAUUGUUAUUAUUUUAUUUUAAAGUGUUUACUUCAAAACAGUAUAAAUAUUUACACUUAUUAUAAAAGAAUGAAAAUUAAGAAAUUUUUUAGAAAAUUGCAGAAAAUUAAUAAGAAUAAUAGUAUAACAGUGUUUGAAUGUGUUUAUAAUUUAUAUUGUCUUUACUAUAUUUUUAUUAAUUCUUUAUUACUUAAAUAUAUGUUUUGUAACUUGUCAGGAAUAACUAUAAUAUUUAUACAUUUUUAUAAAGAAAACUUUUUUAUUAUAUUAAGUAAUAGCAAAAUAGACGAUAAUUAUCAAAUUAAUGUUAUAGAUACUACAACUAAUAAUAUUAAUUAUAUUAAUAAUUUUAAUAAGAAUAAAUUUUAUGAAUUAAAUAAAAAAAUCUAUCUCAAUAAUAAAAUUUAUAUACAUAUCAUAUUAUACAACAAAACAUGUGUAAAUAGGUUAUCUUCAAUGAACAAUAUGUUUACUUUAAAAAAAAGGAAUGAUAAUUGUUAUUCAAAUUAUUUAUUUUAUAUGAGUGUAUACGCUAAAUUACAAAAAUAUGUAAAUAAAAUAAUUUACAUAAUACCAAAUGAUUUCCGAAAAAAAAUAUUUUAUUUAUAUAUUUAUGCUACUAUGUUGUCAAUAUGUAUUUAUUUGACGAAUAAUUUACUAAUAAUACAAAACUAUAAUAAAUAUAAUAACCAGGUUUCUUUGAUUAUAUAUAUAAUAACGGCACUUAAAUUAUAUAUCAAUUCUCUAUUUUUAAUUUUAUUAUAUAUAUAUGUGACUAGAGAAUAUUUAAAAUUUAUUAUAUUGCUUCGAAAUAUAUUAAUAUAUUCUAACAUAAAUAAUAUAAUUUAUAAUAUAUAUGGGGAGAAUUUUUUGUCAUGUAUGAUAUAUUUUGUUGCUAAUUGUAUCAUAAUUAUGAUGAUUAGUUACAUAAAUGUGAGAAAUUUAAUAGCUUUUGUUACUUUUUUUUUGUUUUUGAAUGCAGUGUUAUUUUCAUAUUUUGUAAAUGAUUUUAUAAAUAAUAAUUUACUGUUUAAAAAAAAAAAAAAAUAUUAUAUUUUAAGUAAUUUAAAACAUUUUUAUUUUACAUUCAUUAAUAUUACAUAUAUUAGUGCCAUUACUAAAAUUAGUGUUCUUUGUGUUUCUAUUUUAUCUAAAAUAUGUGACUGGUUUUAUAUUAUGUAUAGAACAAAUAAUUCUGUGAAUUGUGCUAAAUUAGUAAUUUAUUGCAUGUUAAAAAAAAUUUUUUUAGUGAUUUAUUUGAUUUCCGUCUUUUUAUAUGAUUACUUAUUAAUGUAUAUAAAUAAAAAGAAAGAUAUUUUACAUAUUUCUUUUCAUAAACAAAAAAAAAAUCCUUUUACAUUUAUUUAUGAAAUUGUAAAUGAAUAUGUCAGCAAUUUUUGUAAUUUUAACGUUUUACAUUUUAUUAUCAAUACAAUAAAUUUAAUCAUUAGACAUAUUUGUAAUGAUAAUUAUAGUAUAGUUAGAAAUUAUAUAAUUGAUUAUAUUGUUGUAUAUUUGUUAACUCGUUUUUAUUUAUUUAUGCUACAUUUUUUAUUUUAUGGAAGAGGAUAUAUCAAAAUAUGCAAUAAUACUAAACAGUUAAAAAAAAAUGGUAAAUUGUAUGGAUACUUUCUGAUAAAAGUAGGUCAUGUGGGGAUAAUAAAGAAAAAUAUGAGCAAUAUCAAUGAGUACAUUAAUCAAGCAAAUUCAUUUAUAAAUUAUGAAAAACUAUGCCGAAUAAAUUAUGAUGAUGAUAAAAUCAGGAUGCUUAUUAAUGCAUUAAUAAAAAAGGAAAUUACAUAUUUUAUGUAUAUAUAUUAUAACAUAAUAAAACAAAGAAAUCACAAAGUUAACUUAAUGUAUAUUAAGAUUCAUAAUAAUAAAAGUAUUAGAAAAAUACAUAGUACCAAUCUAGAAGUCAAUAAUAAGUUUAAUACUAUUACUACGGUUUUAAAGUUAAAACAAAGAAAUAAUCGUAUUAAUAAUAUUUUUACUUUUAAGAAUAAUGAUAUAAAUUAUGUUACAGCACUGUUGAAAAUAUCAUAUUACACUAUGUGUAUAGAAUUAAUGAAUUUGUCUCUUUAUUUCAUAUUAACUUCAAUGUAUAAAAUAUGUAUCUUUUUUCCUUUUAUUGUUUACAACAUAUUAAUUUCUUUUAUGUAUUUAAGUGCAUUAAACAUGGUAAAAAUUUUUGUUAUAUUAGCAAGUAUAAUAAAUAACAAGAAAUACAAUAUUAAAAAAGAAAAAUUAGAAAUACUCAAUAAAAUGGGACGAAAAAUCAAAGAAAUAGACUUUUAUAAAAAUAAAAGUGACAAAAAAAGUUAUAAAUCUUCAAAAAAUGGAUUAAUUAAAAUGAAAAUCAACAAAAAUAAAAAGGAUAAGAAUAGAAAUAUGUAUUUAUUUCCAUUUUCAACAUUAAAAAAUACGAUUUUUUUAGAUGGGUUUUGUUCAAAAAUGUCUGUUUAUAAAAAUAAAAGAAAAGAGAAAACAUCAAGAACAAAUUAUUUUAUUUCAUCAUUUAUAGAUGUAUUAAAUUAUAUUAAUUAUAAAUAUAUUAUUUUUUUAUUUUAUAGUGAAUAUGAAUAUUUUAAAAAUAGUCUUUAUUACAUUGCUAAGGAAAAUAUAAAAAAGGGAAGUAAUAAAGAAAACAAUUUUUAUGAACUAUUUGAUUUUAAGUUGAAAAAAAUUGAAAAGAAAAAAAUGAACGAGAAAAGUAAUGAAAAUGGUCAUAGUAAUUAUAGAGAUAAUGAUGAUGAUAAUAAUAACAGUGAAACCACUGAUAAUAAUAGAGUUAAUAGAAAUGAAAGUAUUCAGCAAAAUAGUAACAAUGAUAAUGAUAAUAUAUAUAAUGACAAUAAUACUAUUAAUAAUAAUGAUAAAUUUAAUAAUAAUCAAGAAGGUGAAGGGAGAGAUGAUGAUAAGGAUGAAAGAAAAGAUGAUGAUGAUGAUGAUGAAGAUGAUGAAGAUGAAGAUACAGGAGAAAAUAAUGACAAUUUUAUGGAGAAUGAAGAUAAUAAAAGAAAAAGAAAAAAGAAAAAAAAUAAAUUGAAUGAUAAAAGUAGAAAUAUAAAUAAAUUGAAUAAUGCAAAGAAAAAUAAAAAAAACAGUGACAUUUUGAAUGCAAAAAAUAAUGGAAAUAAUAUUUUAAGAAAUAAUUUUUACAAUAUAAAAAAUUCUAAUUAUUUAAAUAAGAUUGGAAACAUGAAUAAUCCAGUUUUAUUAAAUAGUAAUAUAAAAGAAAAUUUUUUGAAUGAUAACUUAGGUAAAUCAAAUAUACAGAUAAGUAAUUAUCCGAAUAAAAUGAAUCAUCAAAUUAGCAACCAAAUGAAUAAUCAUAUAAAUAAUCAAAUGAGUAAUCAGAUGAAUAACCAGAUGAAUAAUCAAAUAAAUAAUCAAGUGAAUAAUCAAAUAAAUAAUCAAAUGAAAAGCCAAAUAAAUAAUCAAAUAAAUAAUCAAAUGAGUAACCAGAUGAAUAAUCAUAUAAAUAAUCAAAUGAGUAAUCAGAUGAAUAAUCAGUUGGGUAAUAAUAAUUUUAAUAUGUAUUUAAAUAAUAGAGUAAAUAUUCCAUAUAUACCAAGUUGUGUUAAUCAAAACAAUCAAAUUUCUCUUAAUAUUAAUAACCCAAUGAAUAAUAAUAUUAUAAAUCCAAUGAAUAAAACAUUAAAUCAGCAGAUAAAUAAAAUUAACAAUCCUUUUAGAAAUAAUAUCAUGAAAAAUAGCUUUAAUCAAAUGAAUAGAAUGAUGAAUAAUCCGGUAAACACACCAAUUCCUAAUAAUGCAAACAGUAAUAUGAACAAUUUUAAUAUUCAUUUAAAUCAUCAGAAAACAAAUAAUGCUAAUAGUCAUAUGAACAACAAAUUAAAUUACCAUGUGAGCAAUCAAAUGAAUGGUAAUAUAUCUGGUAGUAUGAACAGUCAAUUAAAUAGUUCAAUAAAUAAUAUAGCCAAUCCUUUAAAUAACAAUUUAAACAUUCAUAUGGAUAACAAAAAAAAAGGCAAUUUAAAUAUUCAAUUAAAUAAUCCACUAAAUAAUCAAUUAAAUAGCUCUAUAACGAAUAAAAUGGGAAAUCAGCUGAAUAAUCAAAUAAGCAAUCAAAUGGGCAGUCAAAUGAGUAGUCAAAUGAGCAAUCAAAUGAGCAGUCAAAUGAGCAGUCAAAUGAGCAAUCAAAUGAACUGUCAAAUGAACAAUCAAAUGAAUAGUCAAAUUAACAGUCAAAUGAAUAGUCAAAUUAACAAUCAAAUGAAUGUCAGUAACAAAUUAAGCACUGUUGUAAAUAAUAAAAAUAAUAAUAUCAAUAUGCAUUUAAAUAAUCACACGAUUAAUCAGAUGAAUAAUUAUAUGAAUACAAAUAUAAACAGAAACCCAAUACCUAGUAAUAUAAUGAAUAAGGGAAUUCUGCAGAAUUCUAUGAAUAAAAAUAAAUUGAAAGAUAAUGUGAUUAAUAACAAUAUGUUCAGAAAUAAUAACAUGCUACAUGAUAAUUUAAUUAAUAAUAAAAUAUCGCAAAAUAAUAUGAUUCCCAAUAAUCUAAUAAAAAACAACAUAAGAAGCAAUAACAUGUUAAAUAUGAAUAUAAUAAAUCCAAAUUUCAUCAAUAUAAACAAUAUGAAACAUCCUACGGAUAAUUAUCCUGUAAAUAAAAUAGUUGUGAAUAAUAAUAUUAUAAAUAGAGAAAUUAAUCCCAUUAAUAAUAAUUUUGGUUUAAUAAAUUAUGUAAAUAAAAAUAAUUUUAUGAAUAAAAAUAUAAAGAAUGUUAAAAUUGAAAAUUAUGCAUAUGACCAGUUUUUAAUGAACAAUGAGCAAAUGCCUAGAAUUGAUCACUCUAGUAUAAAUAACAGUAAUUCCAAAAAAUUAUUAAACAGUAAUAUGAAUAAUGAGAAAGUUCUUAAAAAAAAUUACUUUGUAAUUGAAAACAAUAAUAUAUGCGGAUACCAAAACAAAAAUAAUUCUGCAUAUAAUAGCAAUACCAAUAGUAAAAAAAAAAGUAAAAAUGAUUUAAAACAUAUGAAAGAUGAUGAUUUAAACAAUAAUCAAAAUUUGAGAAGCAUAAAAAUUAAUUGGAGUAAGUACGACAAUAUUUUUAAAAAAAUAAAAUUAGAAAAAAAUUAUGACUGGUUCAUAGAUAAAAAUGAAGAUGAUGAAUGUGAUGAUGAUAUUGAUGAUAAAUCAAAUGAAGAUGAGAAAAGCUUUCCUCUUUUUAAUGAUGCAUUAAAUAUAAACUUUAAAAUUUUCUUUCGCGAUUACAAUGAUAUUUUAAAUAAAUUAAAUUUAAUUAAAUUAAACGAUAAGCACAAUUUUAAAAAUAAUAGUUAUUCUCAGUUAUAUGAAGAUAUUUUUUUAACUAUAGAAAAAUUUUUAGAUAUAUCACAAUUAAAGUUUGAUAAUAAUUUUACGCACACGAAUUUUUAUAACAACUGGUUGAAUUAUAAUUGUAGCAAUAGUAAAAAUAAUAAAGAAAAAUCUAACUUUUUUAAAAGUGUAUCAAUGAGUGCAAAUAAUAGUAUUUUCUUUGAUACACUACUGAAAAAAAAGAAGGAAUUUAAUGAAAAUUGUAAAAAAAAUAAUGGUUAUGAUAUUUCAACUCAAAAUAAUUGUACUCUUAAUUCCAAUGAAGAAAAGUAUAAUAAUUUCAUAUCUAAUAAUUCAACAUUAGUUUCAAAAAAUAAUAAUAUAAGCUAUAAUAACAUUCAAAAUAAUGAUACAUUAAAUGAUAGUUCAAACGAAAAUACUCAUUUUAUUGGAAAUGUAUUAAGUCUUCCUAAAACAAAAAGCUACAAUGAACAUAAAAAUGCAACAAGUCAGAAUUCGCUUAUCGAAAAAAUUUUAUCAAAAAAAUACAGGACAUAUUCUAUAAAUGAAUUUUUAAAUGUAGAAUUGAACAAUGAUUUACAGGAAUUAGUGAACAUGUAUAAAAAAAAUUUAUGUCAUAAUAUGCAAACAGUAUUAAAAAAAAAAAAGAAAUAUGAAAGGAAUUAUUAUCAUUGGUAUAGAAACAAUUUACGAAUGCAAGUAAAUAGAGAUUAUGUUAAAAUAAGAAAGCAUAAAUUAUUCAAAAAAAAAAGUAAGAAAAAGAAAAAGUUGAUAAACAAAAAUAAGAAAUCUAUUAAUGGUGAAAUUAUACCAAAUAAAGAAUUAAAGAAUAAUACAUUAUUAGAGACAGAAAAUAGUCAUACAUUGAAUAAUAUUAAUGAUCAUGAAAUGAGAAAAGUAUCAAAUGAAAAUUUAGAUAAACCUCUUUUCUCAUGUCAUUUAGGAGUUUCAAAGAAUGAAAAACUUGAUGGCCAAGUUAAUCAAAAUUGUAUGUUAAAAGUAAAAGAAGAAAUUGUAAAUGAUAAUACAAAGGAUAAUAUUAAUAAUAAUAAAGUUUAUGAAAAUAAUUUAAAUGAUAAACUUAUUGAUAAAAAAGAGGAACUGCAUCAGGUCAAUAUAUAUCAAGAAAAUGCUAAUUCUGUUAAAAUAAAAAUGACAGAAGACAAACUAUAUGUAAAAGAUAAAAAAGAAGUAGAUAAAAUAGAUAAUAUAAAUAAGUGCGAGAAAAAAAAUAAUAAUUUAAAUGAUUUAAAAAAUUCUGAAUAUAAACAAAAAGGAUGUUUAGUAAAUAAUUCAAAUCAUAGCGAUAAUUAUAGUCACAAAAAUAAUAAUCAGAAUAUUGAUAAUGAUAGUAAGGAAGUUGAGAGCCUUAAUGAUAUUGCACAUGAAUUUAUUGAGAGUGAUUCAAAAGAGGCUACAUGUGGAAAUGUAAAAUUAAAUAUAAAUGAUUCUGAUUUAAAUGAUUAUAUAAAAAAGGAUGGCUGUGAUAUAAAUGUAUUUAUUGAAAAGGAAUGUAUUCAAAUGAAAUUAGAUAAGAAAAUGGAACCUAAAAGAAUAAAAAGAGUAAAACAUAAAUUAUUUAAUGAAUCUCGAAAUUUAUCAAGUAUUAGGCUUUAUAAAAAAAUGGAGGAUGAGAGAAGAAUUAAAAAAAGAAGAAAAUACAAUAUGAAAUACAAAACAAAUGCAAUAAUUGAUUUUGGAGAUAAAAUUGUGUGGGUAUCUUUUGAAUUUAAUAAUUUGGAAAUGCUAAAAAAAAUGAUAAGAAAUAAUAUGUUAUGUUCAAAUUAUUUGAGUGGCAUUCACAACAUGAAUGAAUCAGAAUUUAAAUUAGAAAAAAUGCUAACUGAUGAAAUGCGAAAGUAUAAAAAUGUAAAAAUAAAAUUUUACAAAUUUUUAAGUUAUUAUGAUUUUGUUUUUUUAAGAAAUAGAUUAAAUUUCAUUAAAAUUAAAUAUAGAAAAAAAAAUAAGAAUGAAGAAAAUAAAUUAAGUUACAAUAAUAUUCAAGAUUAUGAUUCAAAUAUAUUGGAUAAUGGAAAAUUAUUGAUUAUGAAUAAAACUCAUAUUAAUGAUAAGAUGAAAAAAAAUAAUGAAAAUAAGAACGAAAUUGAAAAUGAUAAUAUAAAAAGGUAUAAAAACAGUCAAGAAUUAUUAAAUAUAAAAAAUGAUAUUCCUAUAAAUAUUGGUACUACGAAUAGUACUUUCAAUAAUAAUGAUAAACUAAAUAUUAAACGGAAAGGAUAUGAUGUUUUGGAUAAGGAAGAAAAAUUAAGCAUUAUAAGUAACGAAGAAUUUGAAGAAGGUAGAGAAAAUUUUAAUAUAAAUGAGAGGAAAAGAAAAAAGGAUGAAAAUAAUGGUAAUAAACAAAAGGUAAUGGUAAAAAGAGAAAAAGAGGAUGAAGAAAGCAUAUAUAAUAAUAAAAUUAUAAAAGAUAACUCCUACAUAUCCUCUUAUAAUAAUAAAAAUAAUGAGGAUGAAAUAGAUAAUUUUAAAAAAGAAAUAGGAAAUAAAAAUAAAAAAAUGAAAAAAAAUAUAAAAAAAACGAAAUUGUACAAGAACCUACUAUUAUUCCCUUUAAUAGAUAAAAAAAAAAUAAGUUCCUAUAUUAAUGUCAAUUUAAAUGUAGAUAUAAAAAAGGAAAUAAUUGAAAAUGAUAAAGUAAGUGAAAAAGAAAUAAAUCUUGUUAACAAAUACUUAAAUAAAAGUUUGAAAAUGGAAAAAAAUGAAUAUUCUAAGAUAGGUACAUAUGAAAAUUAUGAUAACUUAAAUAAUAAAAAUGGAAACGAUAAAUACAAUUAUAAUGAUGUUGUUCUAAUUGAUAACUGCUUAUGGCCUAAUAACCCAACUUUAUUUAAUAUUUUUGAAAAAUAUUAUUUACUACUAAAAAUGCAAAAAUAUAUUUUGCAGUAUAAGCACUUUUCAAAAAAUAAUAUAAAAAAAAAAAUAAAUUCUGAAUCUAAUAAUGAAAUUUACUCAAGUUCGAAUUCCUUAAAUUUUUCUUCAAUGAGCAAUUACAAGAGUAAAAAAAAACAUGUAAAAGCCAAAAAUGAAAAAUUAAAUGAAGAAAAUAUUAUAUCUUCAAAUUUUAAUAAUGAUAUAAGAAGCUCAGAUACAAGUACAGAUAACGUUAACGAAAAAAAAAAAAUAAUUACAAGAGUAGAUUUUGACUAUAAUGAUAAUAUAUAUUAUAAAGAUGAUAUCAAUAAAAGUAACAGUAAUAUAAAUGGUUUAAAAAUGGAUACUGUAAAAAUGAUGUAUAGUGAUUCUAGUAAUUUCCUAAAUAUGAGGAGUGAUAUAGAGGAUAGAAAUAUCAAAUUAAAAACGGAAAAAAAACUACAAAGAAAUAAUAAAUUAUUAUAUACAAUUGAUGGAUAUGCUAAGUUAGAUGAAAAUAGUAGUAAAUAUUUAGAAGAGGUUGAAGAGGAUGAAGAUAAAGAAAAUUUUAAUAAAGAUGAAUUAGAAGAAAUAAAAAAUGAAAAAAAAUUGCAAAGAGUAAAAAAUGAAGAACAGAUAAAAAAUAACCAUUUUUUUGAUAAUGAUGAAGCAGAUAUUAAUAUAAAAAAAAAAGAUAGAGAUAUAUUUUUAUAUAAUUCUAUUAGAAACAAAAUACCUAAUGAUCGAUUGCAAAACGAAAAUGUGCAUUUUAAUUUGAAAAAAGACUUAAAGUUAUGUAAAAGUUCAAGAAUAAAUAGUAAAGCUAAUAAUAAAAAAUAUUCAUUAUCGCCGUUAAUAAAUAAAAGAGAACAAAAUCCUUUAGAGAAUUAUGAUGAAAAUGGAAAGAAGAAGAGAGGAAGAAAAAAAGGAAAAAAAAGAGGUAGAAAAAAAGGAGUAAAAAAUAAGAAUAAGUUAUUGGAUGAAAAAAAUGAAAGUAAAAAAAAUAAAUUAUUAGGUGAUGAAGAGGAAGAAGAUUAUGAUGAUGAAGAUGAAAUAGAUAAAGAAAAUGAAAAAAAUAAAAUGGAUGAUGAAGAAAAUGAAAUGAUAGAUAAUGAUGUUGUACCAAUUGAUAAAGAUAUUAUAAUAGAUUUGUUGUGUGAGGAAGAAAAAUUAAUAGAGAGUUAUAUUAAAAAUUCCCAAUUUGUUGAUAAAAAUUUAGUAUGUUUAUUAAUUUACAUGAAUAAUAUACAAAAAAAAUUAAGUAGUAUAUGCAAUAAGUUAUUAAAAAAAGUUAUAAAGGAAAACAAAACACCAAUUCGCAUUAGUGAUAAUAUAGAAAAAAGUGAAGAAAUAAUUUAUAAAUAUAUCAUGUUUGAGAGAUGGAAUCAAUUAAGAUAUUCCUUGUUGUAUAAUAUUAAUUUAAUUAACAAUAAAAUUAAUAAAUCAGAAAAUAAUCAAGCCAUUUAUAAGAAUAUAAAUAUUAAAUCAAUAUUUGAUUUGCAUCAAUUUUCUUAUAAAUAUAAAAAACAGAAAAUCCCAUCUUUUGAAUAUAGUGUUUUUUUAAAAUACAAAUUUCAUAAACAAAGUAGAAAUACAUUUUUUAAUGAUAGUUUUUCAUAUUCUAAUUGCAAUGAAGCAGCAUUUAUUAAUGAUGAAGAAAAUUUCUGCGGAUUUUCUAAUAAUAAUGAUUUAAAUAUAACACCAGUUUUUUCGUACUGUUGUGUGUGUUUCAACGAUGAUUAUAAUAGUAUGCAAAUAAAUGAACAAAAUGAAAAUUUAAAAACAUUUUCUAGAAGCAAUUCUAUAAAAAAUACUACUACUAAUUUAGAAAAUAAAAAUGAGAAAGUAAAUACAAAAAAUAAAACAGACAAAAAUGCUAAUAAAAUUAAUUUACAUAUAAAAAAUGAAAACUGUAUUAAAAAGGAAGAAAAUAAAUUAAAUUCAGAGAAUAAUAUAUUAGAUAUAAACAAUAAUACUAACAAUAAUAAAGUUAAUAGCUUGCCAAGUAAUAAUAAUGAAGCAAAUGUAAAUCAAGUGAAAGACAGUAGCAUAUCAAACGAUGCUAACAAUAAUAAUGAUAAAAAUACAAGUAAUAUUGAUUUAUCUAUUAUAGAAAAAAAUGUAAAAAAUAAUAGAAAUCUGAUGCUAAGAUGCAGCAGAUGUUAUAUACAUGUUCAUAAGUUUUGUUAUAUUUCAACAAAAAAAUCAGAUGAAAAUAUUCUCAGUAACACUCAGAAUAAUGUUUCUGUAAAUAAUAAUGAAUGGCUGUGUCAAAGGUGUGAAUUUGAAAAAAAAUCCUUAGGUAAUAAUUAUUUAUAUUUAUUUGAUAAUAAUGUUAAGUGCUACAUAUGCAUAGAAAGAGGAGGAGCUUUUAUUCAAAUGAGCAGUAAUAUAUUUGUUCAUACAUUUUGUGCAUUGUUUUGUGUUCCUGAUUUAUUAAUUAAUACAAACGUAAAUUUGGAAAAUUUUGAUGAAUUUUUAAAAUUAAAUAACUUAUCUUUAACUCAAGAAAUAUUUUCUAAAUUAAAAAAAAGAAAAAGAAAAUCACUGAAGAAAAAUAAGGAAGUACAGGAAUUAACAAUUGAAUCAGAUAAAAAUAAAAUAAGACAUGAUGAAGAAGAAAAGGAAAAUGAAACAAAGGAAGAAACAAAUAAGGAAGAGAAAAAAAAUAAUGUUGAUAAGGAAAUGUUAAAAUUAAAAUAUGAAAUGUAUGAUACUAAAAAAACUAACAAAAAUAUUUCAUCAUCUUCAUCUACCAUAUUAAAGAAAGAAAAUACAACUGGUAAUAAAUUACAUGAAGAAAAUGAUUCUUUUAAAAAUGCAAAUAUAAUAAAUGAUGGUAAUAUUCCUAGUAGUAAUGAAAAUGAUAAUUACUUAAUUAAAAGUAAUAAAUUCGCAUCAAAUGACUUGAAGUUAAACAUAAAGGAAGUAAAAAAAAAUAAAGAUGAUGAGACAUCUCAGGAUAAGGAUAAGGAUAAGGAUAAGGAUAAGGAUAAAGAUAAAGAUAAUUAUGUUUCAAAUUUUAACUAUACAAAAAACAAUAUUUCUGAAAACAAAACUACUAAUAAUGUUAAUUUAGGAGAGAAAAAUAAAAAUAAAAUAAAAUAUGCCUUAGUCAAUGAUUAUUCUAAUAAUAGCAAAACUGAGAAAAAAAAUGAGGAAAUAAAAGUUAUAAAAAAAAGAGAUGCAAAAAUUUAUGAUUUUUUUACAUUUAUAAAAAAAGAAGAUAAAAAGAGAUUUAAUGAAAGUUCCCAUGGUUUUGAUAAUUCAAAAAAAAAAAAAAAAAAAACUAAUAAUAAUGAAAGGUUGGAUGAUGAAAUAAAUAACAUACUAAUUGAUGAAAAAUCUAAAAAAUAUGUUCAUGAUAUAAAUAAUAAGGAUAAUAAAAAUCAUUUUACUGAAAAGAAUAAAGAGAAUACCAAAGAAAUAUAUAAUUAUGACAAAAAUGAAAUCAAAAAGGAACAUAAUGAUUGUGAUAAAAAAGAAAAGAAAAAAGAUAUAAUUGAUAAAGAAGAUGAAGCUACAUUAAUAAAUCAUGAUAAAAAAGAAAUUUGCAAAAAUAAUCAAGAUAUUGAUGAUAAUAAAAUACUUGAUAAAAAUGUUAACAUAAAUUCAGAUAUAGAUGAAAAUUCUUCACAUGCAUCUUCUUCUUUUUUUUCAAGUUCAUUGUACUCAAUAUCUACUUUAUCAGAUAAAUAUGAUGCAAAAUUAAAUAUCAGAAAAAAAAAUAAAUUGGAAAUAUUUAAUUAUAUAGAAAAUCCAUAUCUUUUAAGUGGUUAUCAAAAUGAAAAUAUUAGAUGUGAUGUAUGUUUAAAAGCAAAAGGAAUAUUUUUAAAAUGCCAGAAUAUAAAAUGUAAAAAGUAUAUUCAUCCUUUAUGUGCAUUUAUGUGUGGAUUAUAUAUAAAAUGUAAAAAUUCUAAUAAAAAAUUUCUCAAGUUUAAAAAUAAAAUAGACUAUUGUUUUCCUCGUAUUUUUUUCUUUAUUAAAUGUAUUAGUCAUUCAAUAAAAAAAUAUGGUGUAUUAAAUAUAUAUGAUCAGAUAAUUAAAAGAAGAACAAAAUAUUUAAAUAGAGAUUUGUAUCCCAACAUAUAUGAAAAUAAUAAAAAAGAGAGAAAGCAAAAAAGUUCCCUAAAAUAUAAAAUACGUAAUAAUUCAAAUAAUAAUAAAAAAAGUGAUAUAUAUGAAAUUUUAGCUUUUAAUUUUAAUUAUUUAGAUCCUUAUCAAUAUAAUUUUUUUCUUCUUCCUUCAAUUGAUCAUAUAAAAAAUAAUAUUUGUUUGGUUUGCUUUACAUCUCAUAAUAAAAAACAAUUAUUGUAUUGUAAAUAUUGCAAUAUAUGCGUUCAUAAAAAGUGCUAUUUAGUUGAUUCCAGCUUUAUUGAAUAUCAGUUUUAUAAAAAGAAAAAAAAAGUAUACACAUUUUUAAUACAUAAUAAGGAACAAAAAGUUAAACACAUAAUUGAUCAAAUAAAAGUGAAAAAAGAAUCUAUUAUAAAUUUACUUCAUGAUAAAAAUGGUAAUGAUUAUAAUGAUGAUAUAAAAGAUUCUGAAAUAUUAUUACCUUAUAAAAAAUCUAAUUAUUUUAUUAAACAUGUAUCAAACGAAGAAGUAAAAAAUGAGAAAAAUGCAUAUAUUACUGAAUCUAAUAUAACUAAUUGUGAUGAGAAAAAUACAAAUAAUAAUCAGAAAAAUGAUUCUAAGAAAAAUAAUACUCUUGAAUCAAAUAGUAAAGUUGAUGUAAAUGAAAAUUAUUUGGAUAAUACAGAGAAUGUAAAGGAUAAUGAUACAAACAAUGGCAUAGCUGUAAUAAAUCAUGAAAUUAGAUGUAGUAAAAUUAAUAAAAAUGAAAAUAAAAAUAAAGAGAUUAAUAAUAAUACUACUGACAAUGAUAAUAAUAUUAUGAAUGAUAAAAUGAGUUGCGAAAAAAAGUUUGAAUGCUCUAAAAUAAUAAGACAAUUAAUACAAAAUGAAAUAAAUAAUUGUUUAUAUGCUGCAGAAAAUUAUAAAAAUAUUGAAUUUAUUUAUAAAUUAAAAGAGUUCAGUAAAAUAGAUAAUUGUUUUAAAUUAUGUGAUAAAUACAUAAACGAUGAAGAAAAAUGUUUAACUGACUUAGAUGAUAUUGAAGAAAAAAAAUUAUUUGUUUGUGAUCUUUGCUCAAAUAAUUAUAAUUAUGAGAAUGUAAACUGUAUAUUAUGUAGCAGGAGAGGUGGUGCAAUAAAAAUUGUAAAAGUUAAUGAUUAUAUGAAACUUGAUAAAAAUAAAAAUAAAAAAAAUAAUUUUAUAAAAAAUGAAAAGGAUUUUAUCUUUGUUCAUAUGCAAUGUGCUUUGUUUGCUCCUCAAAUAAUUAUUCAAGAUAUUAGUGAAGAGUAUUAUCAGUAUUAUAAUUAUGACAAUUUUCCUUUGAAUGAACAUAAUGAAGAGGAAAUUUUGAUAGAAAAAAAUUUUUUAUCAGAUUCAGAAAUUCAGGUUUUAAAUGAAGAAUAUUAUUAUGAUGAAAAACAGAAUUUACUUAAUGAAUUUUUUUAUAAGCAAUCAUAUAUUAAUUAUAAAAACAGUGGGAAAAAAUUCAUUGAUAAGAAAAAUUCUACUAAUGCAAUUAAAGAUGAUAAUAUUUAUAAAAAAUUUUCAUUUAAUUUUAAUAAAAGAAAUGGAAAAGAAGAAAAUAAAGAAAAAGAAAUUUCAAAUGAUGUACAUGAUUCGACUAGUUUAGAAAAAACUAUGUCAAAUAAUAUUAUGGAAAAUCGAUUAAUGAAUUGUGUUAAAAAUAAUCAUAAUAAUAACGAAGAAUUAAAAAAAACAAAUAAAUUAAAUUUUGAUAUAACUAAUGAUAGUGAAAUAAAUUUUUCUAAUUCUAAAAAGGAAAACACUUACGAUGAUACUUGUAUAAAUAAUCAAGAAGGCAUUACUUCUAAUGAAAAUGAGCAUGAGAAUGAAGAUAAAAGUAUUCAAGAAAAAAGUUAUAUGAACAAUAGAAACAGUAACACUCUAUUUGACAAUUAUAAUAAAAUAAAAGAAAAUAAUUUUGCUUUAAAUAAAAUGGAGAAAUAUACAAAAAAAAUAAAAAAAAAUAAGCAAUUAAUAGCUCUUAAUAAAUAUAAAAAUAUGAAUGAUAUGAAUAAAAGGACAUCUUAUAACAAAAAGACGAACUUGUAUUAUUAUAACCUGAAUAGAAAAAAAAAUAAUUACAAAAUAAUAAUUAAAGAUAAAUUAAAAAAGCAUUUAAAUAAAAAUACUUGUUAUAUUUGCAAUUUAACUUACGGAUAUACUCAAAAAUGUGUAGAAAAUACUUGUACGAAUUACUUUCAUAUAUCAUGUGCUCAUAUUCAUAAAUUAUUUUUUGAAUUUGAUUAUAACUUUUUUAAGGUGCACCCUAAUGCACCACAUGCUGAUUUUGCAAAAACACCAAGUUCUAUUAUAUUCUGUGAGCAUCAUUCUAAAAUUAGAAGAAAAGUAAAACCUUCUAUCAAAUUAUUUUCUAAGUUAAGAUCUUUCCUUGAGCUCGCUCGUAUCAUAGUAGAUCAAAUGAAAAAAAGAGAAGACAUAAAAAACUCUUGGAUAAAAGAUAAAUAUAAAAAUGAUAUUUCAAAAAAUGAUGGAAAUACUAUGAAAAAAUUACAAGAUAAUAUGCAUUUUAAAGAAAAUGAUAAAAAACAUGAUACUGUGAGAAGUAAGGAUAAUAUAGGUAAUAACAAUAUUUUAAAUAAUAAUAUUCAAGAUUAUGAUUUAAAAAAUAAACUAAACUUAAAUAAUAAGGAUUUUUCAAAAGAUUCACAAAAUUUGGAUUUUCGUUCUACCAAUGGCGAUUGUAAUUUAUUAAAUAAAAAUGAUAUAUACAAUAACGAUACAUUUAAUAAUAUCCCGCAUCAGAAAAAAGAGAUAGAUAUUAAUAAACAGAAAGAAGGAAUGAAAAUGGAUAAUAUUGAUAAUAACAGCAAAAUAUUAUUAUCAUCAUCAUUAUCUCAUAAUUUCUCAAAAAAUGAAAAUUUUCAAAAUGAUACAUUAAAUAAACAAAUGGUGAAUAGUAAAUCUAGUGAUCAAGAAUAUAAAAAAAAUGAAGAAGAUGAUAUUAAAAAGAAAGAAAAUGAUAUAUAUGAUGAUGACUACGAUGAUGAAUAUAAGGACGACGAUGACGAAGACGACGAUGAUGAUGACGAUGAUGAUGAUUAUGAUGUUGAUGAAGAUGAAGAUGAUAAUGAUGAAGAUGACAAUGAAGAUGAUUACUAUAAUGAUGAAUAUUAUGAGGAAUCUGAGGAAAAGAAAAAUUAUAAAAAUAAUAUAGUUAGAAAUUCAGAUAAAAUAGAAGAGAAAAAUAAAAUUGUUCAAAAUAAUGAUAUAAAGGACCUAGAUUAA